GGAGAGAUAAGGUGGAAGAGAGGACCCAACGUGACUUCAUGUUUUUGGCUCCCCUCUCCAAAAGGAGAUCCAGAGACUUAUCCACCGGCUGUCCAGGUAUCGUGAGUGGAAGGGAAGAGAGCCUCAGAGGGUUAGUUGACUCCCGGUCUCUUGGUCCUCGGACAGCCUGCCGUCCAUCCAAUGUGCGUAAAAGGGCUGUGUUUCCUCACCGUCCUGUCUGGACUCGCAGCUUCAGGCGUGCUGCAGGUCAGCGGGAUGCAUAUAUACACAUCUGGGGACAUGGAGGCCGUCAACGGGACGGAUGUUCGUCUGAAGUGCACAUUCCAGAGCUCCUCUGCGAUCAACCCGAAUGCCAUCGUCAUCUCCUGGAGCUUCAGACCCCUCAAACCAGGCAGCAACGAUGAGUCGGUGUUCCACUACCAGCAGCGGCCAUAUCCUCCUUUAGAAGGUAUAUUUAGGAAGCGCGUCAGUUGGGCCGGCGAUGUCAUGGGCCGCGACGCCUCCAUCAUACUUCAGCAGGUCAAGUUCACCUACAACGGCACUUACAUCUGCCAGGUGAAGAAUCCGCCGGAUGUCCACGGCACGUCUGGAGAGAUUCGACUCCGUGUCGUCACCACAGCCUCUUUCUCCGAACUUCUACUUCUGGCGCUGGCCAUCGGGGGUGGUAUCACCGCUGUGGUCAUCCUCCUCCUCAUCAUCGUGUCCUGCAGGCGGUGCAAGAAGAGGAGUCAGAGACAGCAUGAAGGGAACGAAGAGGCUCCCCGCAAAGAGAGAAAAGACCCCACUGCGUGGUAAGACCAAGAGAAAGACAGAAGUGGGGUUGGAAGAGAGGGAUAGAGAGAGGUGAAGAAGAAUUACACACUUCCUCUCUUUGUCCAACUGUGGGGCAUGUGGCGCUCCUUCUUGGGGUCUGGGGCUCUUUUCCUACUGGAUGCUUCACUUCCUCCUUCAGCUCGAACCGCAGUCUUUGGAUCCUAAACCUGGACUUUAGUUGAUGGGCAGCUGUCAUUAACCAGAUAAGAAUUCAGAAUGUGCCUUUGUAUAGGAAGCUGUAGAUACAGAACGUAAAUCAGACCGUUGUGUAGCUUUUAUGAUAUCACCAUGUGCCUUUCACUUCAACUAUGUUAUCAGUUCAUCUUCGCCGGUUCAGCUAAAUGGGCUUCCAAAUACUAGUUCCUGUUUAGAGUAAAUGUUUUGAUGAUGUAGAGGUCGAACAAUGGUGUAUCCCUACUGUUUACUUCCAUACUAAUACAUUUCAAACCCCCAAAAAUGCAGCACAAGCCACAUGUUUGAUAUAUUGUUUCAACAAACAAAAGAAACUGUGGAACAAUGAAUGAGCAGCUUCCUGACUUCUAUUGAAUUUGUGUUUUAAUUACCAGAUGAGACAUUAUGAAACCCCGUGCAUAUCUGUGAUCUGUAUCCAUCAACCCUCAUUUAACGGUUGUACAUCAGCUGUCUGUUCGACUUUGCUGUGGUUCUUCUGAAUAUGCAGGAAGAUGUCUGUGUACAUUUCUGUUUUGUUUCACUGCUGAAGUUAUUUUGCUGUUUUUCUUUUAAUUCUGUGGUGUUAUUAGCCUGAAGUUGAGGGUCCUCCAGAAACGAUCGAGGUGCUGUCAAAUAAUCAAAACCUGACGGAGAGCACUUGUUUGAAACAGACAUUUCAUAGAGUACUUUUGUAAAAAAAAAAAAAUUAUUAGCACAUAGUUGAAUAAGAUAUUAAUUCUAAAUGUAAUUGACAGUGGCAAAUAUUUUUAACAAGUAGCCUCUCUGAUGGAAAGAUGUCUGUUUAGAACAAUAAGCUAUUUUGUCAAAACUAUCUUGGUUUUUUUCUGGGCUGGUGGGACUUCUUUGGUUUCAAUCUUGGGUUUUCAGAUCUCACUGUAAAAGGGGCCAUAACUAGUUACUGUCACAACUGUGUUGCCAUACUGUAACUCACUUCAUUCACCUGACCUUAAAAGGCAAGCACCUCAAGGAAAAGUUGACAACGUUGCUGUCAUCUUGGCCUUCAUCAGAUUUAUUCAAACUUCAAACCAAAUCACUGCAAAACUCAAUCAGAUGCAGCUGUUGAUCCAACCUUCGCUCUCAACUUGGGACAACUUAAACCUGUGUGACACUAAGCCUUUGUUCCUGCUGGUGUGCUUGUGUUGUCUGCUCGUCUUUGUCCUGUCCUCAUUGUGUGUGACUUAUGCACAUGCACACAUAAAUAAUUCAUAAAUGUGUCAUCCAUGGAUUCAUAUCAUGCUCUGUGUGUGUGUGUAUGUGUGUUCUGUGUUUCUCCCUCUUGUGCAUGUCUCCCUCUCCCCUCUAUGUGUGUCCCAGCCACCCAUCAAGGGCCGUCCACCUGUAUCUGUCAGAGACGUCCAUAGAGAUUGACAGUUCGGACGGCAUGAUCUCAGAUGCCAGCACCAAAAGCAUGAGCUCCUCGGAGGACGAGGGCCCGAGCUCAGACGACGACGUAGGCGGCGACGACUCCGACUGAAGAUGUAGGGACAUACAGGGAGAGACAGAAAGACUGAUGUAAGACCAGCCAGGAAGCUCGCUGGAGGGAUGCCCAAAUGGCACCUGUGGAUUCAAUCCACAGCUCUGUCGAGCGGAGACUAGAUGGAGAGAUCGGUGCUGCCCCCGGGUCGAAAACAAGCACAUUUUUCAAGAAUGUGAGGAGAACCGAAAGAAAGUUAUGUUUCAAGAGUAAGAGCAAAGAGAUUAGAGCGAUGAAGAUCAAGGCAUCAAAAGUAGAGUCAUUUUACUUUUGAGAGAAUCCAGAUAUAUAUCCACAGGAAAGAAGAAACGCUGAAUUUUACCUGCGAGGAUUCGUAAAAGAAAGGUAAUCUUGAAGCUGGCUACAGUGUCCUGAAAGGAAAAAGGGCCAGUUCAUGCUCAACAACAAUCCGUUAUGUAAGACACAGAUCUUUUUAAGUCUUGCAAGUCUAUAGCAAAGCAGCUGCAACAUGCAACUGAAAUUAGUCAAAAUUAAGAAGUUGUUUUCUGCCAUGAUGAGCAAGAUAAAGGCCCACAACAUUUCUGAGGGUUCCUAUAUUUUGCAAAACCUUACUUUGGCUGGCUUAAUAGACAAUAAUAUGUCCAAACUGUAGGAUUCUCAUUCAUAUACGUUGCCAAUUCAAAGCCAUUGUGGAUGAUGUAGGUCUUGCAUUUACGCACAACCGUACCUGCCAGUCUCAGAGCACUUGUUAGAAGCAGUUUGAUCCUCCAGCUGUAGGCUAAAGGGGCGUAUGUCACCUCGGAUAACUUGGAAAGCAUAACUGUGAUGUUGCCGUCAUUAAGUCUGAAGGCCAAAUACUUGAUCAGCUAGCGAGCAAACACAUGCACGAACCUGUCCCGAGUGUUGUGAGGUUGAACACAGUCAGGUCUGAAAACCCUUUGAUUACAUAAUGUCCUGGAGAGCCUUUUAUCUCUCUGUGCAUCUGUGAAUGUAUCAAGUCUACUAACAAAUGAUUGUAACACUUGUCUUUCUUCCUUUUUAUGACAGAAUUCUGUACUUGUGAUGUGAUACUGAACAAUAUGUGUAUAGAUUAUUGUUUUCUAUUUUUCUUUUAGAGUAUACCAGAAGUAUUUUAUCCCAUUGUUUAAAAUGUCACUGUAUGUGUUUGUUGUA